GGCGGGACCAUCGCAGGCAAGGUCCAAGAAGAAAUGUUCUUUUCUGGAGUCAGGAUAAAGAGUUUUAUUCCGAAUAGUGUGUGGUCUAAACGCUGAGCUGUCGAGAUGGCUGACAACAGAGAUAAAGCUACCGACCAAAUGAAGACAUGGAAAGCGAAUAGAGGCUCUCAGAAACCAGAUGUGCUGACCACAGGCGGUGGCCAUCCAGUGGGAGACAAAUUGAACUUGCAGACUGCAGGGCCAAGAGGGCCGCUGCUGGUUCAAGAUGUUGUCUUCACAGACGAGAUGGCCCACUUUGACCGUGAGCGAAUCCCAGAGAGAGUGGUCCAUGCCAAAGGGGCAGGGGCAUUUGGCUACUUUGAGGUCACUCAUGACAUCACUCGCUACUGCAAAGCCAAAGUGUUUGAGCAUGUUGGCAAGACUACACCAAUUGCUGUCCGCUUCUCCACUGUGGCUGGAGAGGCUGGGUCUGCAGACACUGUGCGUGACCCUCGAGGUUUUGCAGUCAAGUUUUACACUGAAGAUGGCAACUGGGACCUGACGGGCAACAAUACCCCAAUUUUCUUCAUCAGGGAUGCCAUGCUGUUCCCAUCCUUCAUCCAUUCCCAGAAGCGCAAUCCCCAAACCCACAUGAAAGACCCUGACAUGGUGUGGGACUUCUGGAGUUUGAGGCCCGAGAGUCUGCAUCAGGUGUCUUUCUUGUUCAGCGAUCGAGGUUUGCCUGAUGGCCACCGUCACAUGAAUGGCUACGGCUCUCACACCUUCAAACUGGUCAAUGCCGAUGGUGAACGUGUCUACUGCAAAUUCCACUAUAAGACUGAUCAAGGAAUAAAGAAUUUGACGGUGGAAGAGGCAGACCGCCUGGCAGCCACCAACCCAGAUUAUGGAAUUGCAGACCUGUUCAAUGCUAUUGCUAAUGGAAACUACCCAUCCUGGACCUUUUACAUCCAGGUCAUGACCUUUGAGCAGGCUGAAAAGUUCCGGUUCAACCCGUUUGAUCUUACAAAGGUUUGGUCACAUAAAGAAUACCCACUGAUCCCUGUGGGCAAACUGGUUCUGAACAGGAACCCAGUCAACUACUUUGCAGAGGUGGAGCAGGCGGCCUUUGACCCAAGCAACAUGCCACCAGGCAUCGAGCCCAGCCCUGACAAGAUGCUGCAGGGUCGCCUCUUCUCCUACCCAGACACGCAUCGUCACCGGCUGGGAGCAAACUACCUGCAGAUCCCUGUCAACUGCCCCUUCAGGGCUCGUGUGGCCAACUACCAGCGUGAUGGUCCGAUGUGCAUGCAUGACAACCAAGGUGGCGCUCCAAACUACUACCCUAACAGCUUCAGUGCCCCAGAGACUCAGCCUCAGUUUAUGGAGUCCAAGUUCCAAGUGUCUGCAGAUGUUGCUCGUUACAACAGCUCAGAUGAAGACAAUGUCACACAGGUUCGCACCUUCUACACUCAGGUCCUGAAUGAGGAGGAGCGACAGAGACUUUGCCAGAACUUGGCAGGGUUUCUAAAAGGAGCCCAGCUCUUCAUCCAGAAACGCAUGGUCGAGAAUUUGAAGGCUGUGCAUCCAGACUAUGGAAACAGAGUUGAGACUCUUCUCAAGAAGUACAAUGCAGAGGCCAAGAAGGAUGCCACUUUGCACGUUUACAGCCGUCCUGGAGCCUCAGCCAUCACCGCCUCAUCUAAGAUGUGAUGCCUUAAAUUUCAAAAGAUGCACCUGUGUGAUAACUGUUAACUAAAAUGGACCAUUAUUCGAGCCAUCAGAAAAGGUUCAGAAUACUAGCAGUCUAGUUUUUAAAUGUUUUGGCUAAUUGGUUUUUAAUUUAGUUUUUCCAAGCAGUUUAUUUCUAAUAAUUCUCAGCAGCACUUGCAUUUUUCUUGUUAUCUACAACAUAACAAGGUUGAGAUAAAGUCGCCAUGAUUCUACUGCAGUGUUUUUGAGCUUUGAAUAGUUAUUGUUAGAUCAAUCAAGUUUAAUAUGCAUUUAAGAACAUUUUAUUCCAUUUAAUUUUGAUUUGAUUGCAUUAAGUUCAUUUACUAAACCAGUCUUAGCUAAUUCCUCAGAGUGUGUAUACUACUAAACUACAAUGCUUGAAAAUUUAAAAAGCAUUGUAACUUUAAAAGAAAUCUGUUCACUUGUUAAAAAUUAUGUUUGGUAUCUGCUUUAAUGUCAAAUCUCAGUUUAAGCUGGUAAAACAUCUGGAGAUUUUAUGAACCACAGGUUUGCUGCUGCUUUAUUUCCCAGAAUGAGCAAUGAUCUGUUGUGGUUACUAGUAGGGCUGUGCGAUAUGACCAAAAUCUCAUAUUCCGAUAUAAGACAUUUAUCGUCCUGAUAACGAUAUAAAUCACAAAAAUUUAACAUUUUUUGUAAAUUCUGUGAAUCUCGGGCAACUCACCUUGCAUGAAGUGUUUCCAGCUGGAGUCGAGUGUUUUAACCGAUGUAUGAAACUAUACAUUUUUAGACAUAAGUUUUAACGGCCACCAUUUUCUUUCAUAGUUUGAGUCUAAGGUUUAUUUUUUUAGCGCUUGACGGCUCUUUUUUGCUUCUCAUCCAUAAACAAUCUACAGACUCUUUCCCCUGAUUCAGUUUAUUUUGAAAAGUCUCAACAGGAUGUUGAGCUUUAUUGUGAAAGGUUUGUGUGGAAAGCAAACAAGCCACGCGAUGGUUUUACCGUCAUUGUUGCUAACGACAACACAUAAAAACAGGUGCUUGUCUUGUCCGUCCGUAGUGUGGUUAUAUUAAAUAUAAGAGAAAGAGAGAACUUUAAGAAAUGGUUAUAUCCACUACAGUGACCAUCAAAACGAUGAAAUAAUAUUGCUGUAAACAGUUUAUUUUACGACACCACGAAACAAACGAUAGCGUAAUAGGAAACGAUAGACGUUUUUAUAUCGUCAUGUGAUAUAUAUCGUUAUAUUGAACAGCCCUAGUUACUACUUCUUCAUAUUUGGCUGAACCACUGGUGAAUGUUAUUGUGGUAUGUGGCAAUAUGCUACCAAGAAGUAAUAUUAACUAAGAUAGUCUUUUGUGGCUUUCAUAUGCAAAGCCUACAACUAACAAUGGAGUUGAACUUUAUCUGAGAUCUAUUCUGUGCCUGUAGUAAGGAAUUUGUAAUUAAAAGUUUAUCAUUUGUCUA